AGGAAGAGUCCACAAGUGUGCGAAAUGGUACGAAGCGACCAAGAACCAGUGGAAGAUUCGCGAUCAUAGUUCGGCCGAUUUGGGUUUGUAUAUAUUAUUUGCAGUACUUUCCGUUUCGUUUUUACCUGUGUGAUGUCGCAUUUUUUUGCGCUCGACGAACGAUCCGCGAUUCAAUAAUCAUCAUACGCCGAACGACGCGGAAACACGAACAACCUCGCGUCGGUAGGAUUCACGCGCGUGCCGUGCGGUGCGAUUUCACAUAACCUCGUUCUGGACGAGCUGAAAAGGGAGCGAAUUUCGUGCUCGUGUCGUGGGAAGAACGUCGUACGAAGACCAGGGCGUUCGCGCGUGGCAUCGUCUGUUAAAGAGAGAAAGAGAGAGUGAUUUUUCUGUUGUGAACGGACAGGAGGGAAACUUUAAGAGAAUGAGUCCGUUAAACAGGGGUCCUCUCAUGGGACCGAGACUGCCACCGGCCGGCAUGCGUCAACUUCCGCCGCCCAGAUUCGCGGGCAGACUCCCGCCACACGGUAUGCCGUCACGGAUGCUACCGCCGCCGUUGAAUCCAAUGUUUGGUCCUGGUGGCCCCAGACAAAGGUUACCACCACCACCACCGAGGUCCACUAGCAGCGUGUCCCGACCCAAUGGUAUGCUCCCGAGGUUUCCCAGGACGCACGGCAUGGCGCCCAUGCCUGUACCGUCGAUGAGACCGCGUGGCUCUGGAUUACUGCAUGGACCACCCAUGCGUAUGUGGCCUCGACGAUUACCGCCACCACCACAAAUGAUGCUGCCCAUAAGGCACAGGUUCGCUACGGGCAACGGGAAUGCCAAGGGCAAGACGACGGGUACCUCGAAGAAAGUUAUGAUUGAAGAAUUAGAAUUAAAAAAACCUUGGAUGACAGAUGAAAUUCGUAAUGAAAUUCAAAGAAAAAACAAACUGUAUGCUAAAGCAAAAAAAAAUAAAGAUGCAGGAGAAUGGAAAGAAUUUAAGGAUCUUCGAAACAAAGUAACCCGAAUGAUAAGAGAUGCAAAAAAUGAAUAUCUUGCUAAGCAUCCUGAACAGGCUCAUCUGUAUCCAGUCGACGAAGAGCCAUACGAUCAGAGAGAUGAAAAUAAUGUCAGUUCUGAUGAUGACGUUAAUGACUACGACAUAUCUCACUAUUGCGAGGUUUGUGAUAGAGAUUUCCCAUCUGAGGCUAUUCUUGCUGAACAUAAAAGUGCACAUAUGACUUGUGGGAUUGACGGCUGCACAUUUUCGGCUCAUCCCUUACUCGUACAAAAACAUAUUAGCAUGCAGCACCGUACUGGCUUGUAUCAAAGAAUGAAAAAUUUAUCAACGCCAGAAGAAAUCAAGAAAUGGAUAAUGGAACGGAAGAAGAAGUAUCCCACUGAAAACAAUAUAAAGUUGCGCCAGGCGGAAGAGAUGGAAAAAUUACAAAGAGGAGAGAUAAUCAAGCAGAAUUGUAGUGUACAAAUGAAAACAAAGAAAACGGUAAAUACACGCGAGAAAAAACGCAAACUUCGCAAACGACGUACACGUGAAAUUAGCAACGAUUCCGUCCAAACAGAGGAAACAUAUAGAGGUUUACGUCCGUUUCCUGGAAUAAUUAUUUUACAAAAAGAUAAUGCAGAUUGCUUGGAUGAACAGAUAGAACAAGUGGAUUUAUGUGAAACAGUCACUGAUAAUAUUUCGGACGAAGAUGAUAUACCACAAGCAUCUACAAUACAAUUCGCAGAAUCCACUGUGAAUUUACCUGAAACCAAUUUGUCUGUACUAUCUUCUUUAGUAGCAGAUUAUGAAAGUGAAGACAAUGAUGAUGCUCCAGAAGAAGUGCCUAUUAAAAAAAUAAAAACGGAGAAUUUACAAGAUGAAAAAAUAACAGAAAGUACAAUUCAAGAAGAAAAUUCCAUGCAAAUUAAUGAAGAAACUUCUGAUGUGCAACUCUGUACUAAUGCAGAUGAUAAAUCAAAUAAGAGAUCUCAAAAUAUCACCAAAUGUCAAAAUAAGCAAAAUAAGCAAAAUCGUGAAACAAAUCAAAUAGCGAUUAAUAAUAAAAAUGAAAAAUUUUUCCAUAGAUAUCAUAAUAAAUUAUUAGAGAAAUUGCUUUCACGUGCUAUACAACAUGAAAGAAAUUUAAUUUGCCAAUGUGUAAAAUAUAUUAUAGAAAAUAAUUUCUUCGAUUCGAAUUGA